UUUUUCUUUUUUUUUUUUUGUACAAAAAGUGUAAUCAUCCAUAGCAAGAGGCGUAUGAAGCUUCUGCACUAAAAUGAAGAAUUGAAGAAGUCCCUAUUUUGCUUAUGAAAAUCAGAGUCCUCAAUACAAUGGCAUGCUAUUUCACUUUCAUUUACAGAGGGCAAUGGUUGGGUGAAUGAAACACGUGGCGUCGACUUUUCAUAUAAAGUUGUGGAAUAGUUUAUAUAUACUAAAAACCAGUGAGAGAGAAGACAACCAAAUCUGAAGGUUCUGGAAAAUUUCACUUCAUAGCUUAGCAAUCGCAGGUGUCACUAUAUAUAAUUUUUUUAAGGUACAACCCACUUUCAUGCUGUGUGUACCACAUAUUUUGCUCCGAACCAAUGAAAUCAGAUAAUUAAAAUAUAAAUAUAUUGUGGUGUAUAUACUUUAUAGUUUAUACAUUGCAUUACGUAAUUAGAAGUUAGAACCUCCAAAACUCUCAUUUCUGGACAAAUUUAACAUCCCCAUCACUUGGACUAUCUUUACACUCCAAGGCUCCAAUUAAUUUUUCUGGUUUCGAAAAAUAGUUACUAUUCUCUAUUUCUGAUCAUGUUCAUCUUCUCAAAAAAGAUUUUUCUAAGCAUUGUAGAAUUACCACAAAUGCACCAAAAACGAUGUUUUGUCUUGUUUUUUCUUCCCCACUCAACUAGUGAUCAUUACAUAUUCAAAUCAUUCAAUUAUAAAUAUUUUGUUCCAACCAAACCUUUGUUUGAUCGAACAGUGUUCAAAACUUGUUGAAUUGAUUUAGUAUUAAUUGGAGCUGAUCUUAUUGAUCAAAUAACAACGAUAAUGUUAUCCUUGCGCUUACCUAUUCCGAGUGAGAACGUUCUUGCUCCAAUUAAACAGAGUUCGCCACGCUUUCACAAUCCCCGGACCCAAACACACCUCUACUAUUCGCCUUCAACUGCGGCAAAGCCCGAAGCCAAGCUACAGAUUCCCCGGGCGACCGCCGCAGAUGUUUCUCGAAGAGAAGAGAGCAGAGAUCUGCACGGAAAAUCGCCGGAGGAAGAGGCGCUUCCGGAGGGGCUCCGGCAAGAUUUGAUGCCGAAGCACGUGGCUGUAAUUAUGGAUGGGAAUGGGAGGUGGGCGAAGCAGAGGGGUUUACCUCCCGGGGCGGGUCACCAGGCGGGUGUGGAGUCUUUGAGAGCUGUGAUAGAGCUUUGUGCGAGAUUUGGGAUUAAGGUUCUCACUGUUUUCGCCUUUUCUUACGAUAAUUGGAUUCGACCUAAGGUGGAAGUUGAGUUUUUGAUGAGUUUAUUUGAGGAGGUGAUAAAGUCAGAAUUGGACAAUUUUGCAAGAGAAGGUAUUCGAGUAUCGGUGAUUGGCGAUUCAUCUAAGCUCCCGAAAUCGCUGCAGAAACUGAUAGCUGAUGCAGAAGAGAUAACAAAAGAAAACUCAAGAUUCCAAUUCAUUGUUGCUGUUAGUUACAGUGGUAAAUACGAUGUAUUGCAAGCUUGUAAAAGUAUUGCUCAAAAAGCCAAAGAUGGACUAAUUGAAGUAGAAGACAUAGACGAGAGCUUGAUUGAACAAGAGCUAGAAACUAACUGCACAGAGUUUCCAUACCCUGAUCUACUUAUUCGAACCAGUGGUGAGCUUAGAGUCAGCAACUUCUUGUUGUGGCAGUUGGCCUAUACAGAGCUUUUCUUUGCACCAGAACUCUGGCCUGAUUUUGGUAAAGAUGGUUUUACAGAGGCUAUAGUUUCGUUUCAGCAACGCCAAAGACGAUAUGGUGGACGAAAUACAUAAGGUGUGAUCAUCAUCAUCAUCAUCAGUUCAAACAUACUUAAUAAUUACUUCAUCCCCAUUAUUGAUUGAGCAUUGUACUUUUUUAUAAAGAAUUUUUUCAGCCUAAGAUUAUUAGGAAUAACAGGUGCUGAAUUCACACAUUAGCUAG